AGUCCUUUAUCAGAGAAAUCUUUUGCAGAUAUUUUCUCCCAAUCUGUGGUUUGUCUUCUCAUUCUCUUGACAGUGUCGUUCCCUUCAGGUCAUUUUCCACUUUUAUGUACCAAGAUUUUUAAGAUUUAGGUGUUGAAAACUAAAACAUUUAGUAUUUCCAACUGUCCAAGGCUCUUACCCCCUAUUUUCAGUUGUCAUCAGGUCCUGAUUUUGCUGCCAUCUGGUUGUCUCAAAUCUUGCAUUGCUUUUCUCUCACUCAUUUUCCCAUUUACAUUCAAGUCUUCUGCCUUCUAAGUGGUCUCUCUGCUUUUGGUCUCUGCCUCCUCCCUUCAGUUCUUUCUAUGUUAGUUGAGGGGAGCUUUCUAAUGUAGGCAACUUAAAAGAACUUCAGUAUUAAGUACAGAGUUCCUUGAUAUGGAUAGUAAGUACACAGCCAUUUUCAGUUAUGUAUUUGCAAGUGCCUAUAUGCCCCAUAUUUUCUCUCUUCCAGCUAGGCUCUAUAAUCUCAGCUGAGACACUGUUCCUGGACUUCCCAUCUUGAAUUGGGUUUCGUCUCUCUGUGUUACCAUAGCACUUUUUGUUUGACCCCACUCUAACAGGUAUCCCCCUGAACUGUAAUUUUUCUGUACUGUUGUGCCUCCCUGUGAUGACUUCGUCUUAAUCGCCCUUGUUGGUCUAGAGUUUAGCAUUGUUUCUGGCAUGUAGUUGGUGCUCAGUAAAUAUUUAUUGAAUGACUGACAAACUAACACCCUCACACUGUCCUUAAGAUGUGCUUCUCUAGCCUUAUCUUCCAGCAUUUCCUCUUGCCCUACCUAGUCAAGCUGGAUUUUUUGUUUUUUGAAUACUGUCUGUACUUUAAACCUGCCUUUGCUCAUGAUUGUACUUAAAUCUCUCAAAUAUCUACUUGUGCUCCUUUGGGCAGAUUAUUUAAACUCUCCAAGCCUUAGUUUUCAUUAGCACGUGAGGAGCUGUUAAGUGUUUUGCUGCAGCCUGCCCCAAUCCCCAUACUCAAAUGGUAGAAUGGCAGUAUAGUUGAGGGGUGAAGGGGACAGGGCCCUGAAGAAUCAGACCUGGAGGUGACUCUUGGCUCUGUCACUAUUGUGUUUGUGACUUUAAGCUACAGGAGAGCAGGAACACUGCCUACUUUUGUACCUUAAAAGCACAGUUGCCUAUCCAUAGAAAGUGCUUAAAUAGUUAAAAAAGAGCUGUUAAGUAAGUUACUUAAUUUCUCUAAAUAUUACCAUUUACAUUCUAGUGAGGGAAAUAAACAGAAUUACAAAUGGCAGUAUGUAUGAAUCUUCCUCCACUUACCCUGGGGUUAUGUCCUGAUAAACUCUUUGUAAAUUGAAAGUACCGUAAUUUGAAAAUGCAUUUAAUACAGCUAAUCUACUAAACAUCAUAGUUUAGCCUACCCUACCUUAAACAUGCUAAAAACACUUACAUUAGCCUACAGUUGGGCAAAAUCAUCUGACACAAAGCCUCUUUUAUAAUAAGGUGUUGCAUAUUUCAUGCAAUUUCUUGAAUACUGUACUGAAAGUGAAAAACAGUGUGUAUUGGUUGUUUACCCUCCCAAUUGCCUGGCCGACUGGGAGUGUGGCUUGCUGCCGCCGCUCAACAUCAUGAGAGAGUAUUGUGCUGCACAUUGAUGGCCUGGGAAAAGAUCACAAUUCAAGAUUCAAAGUACAACAUAUCGCUUUUGCACCAUCAUAAAGGAAAAAAUCAUACGUGAAACCAUCAAAUGAGCCGCCAGACUGCAACAGCAUUACCUACUGGAACCUCGAAGUGUACGCCGUCCCAGAGAGUGCCUGCCCUGACCGGCACUACUGCGUCCAAUAAUGACCUGGCGAGUCUUUUUGAGUGUCCGGUUUGCUUUGACUAUGUGUUACCACCCAUUCUUCAGUGUCAGAGUGGCCAUCUUGUUUGUAGCAACUGUCGCCCGAAGCUCACAUGUUGUCCGACCUGCCGGGGCCCUCUGGGAUCCAUUCGCAACUUGGCUAUGGAGAAAGUGGCCAAUUCCGUACUUUUCCCUUGUAAAUAUGCCUCUUCUGGAUGUGAAAUAACUUUGCCACACACCGAGAAAGCAGACCACGAAGAGCUCUGUGAGUUUCGGCCUUACUCGUGCCCGUGCCCUGGUGCUUCCUGUAAAUGGCAAGGCUCUCUGGACGCCGUGAUGCCCCAUCUGAUGCAUCAGCAUAAGUCCAUUACGACCCUCCAGGGGGAGGAUAUCGUUUUCCUGGCUACCGACAUUAAUCUCCCUGGUGCCGUGGACUGGGUAAUGAUGCAGUCCUGUUUUGGCUUUCACUUCAUGUUAGUCUUGGAGAAACAGGAAAAGUACGAUGGUCACCAGCAGUUCUUUGCAAUUGUCCAGCUGAUAGGAACACGCAAGCAAGCUGAAAAUUUUGCUUAUCGACUUGAGCUAAAUGGUCAUAGGCGGCGAUUGACUUGGGAAGCGACUCCACGCUCCAUUCACGAGGGAAUCGCCACAGCCAUUAUGAAUAGUGACUGCCUAGUUUUUGACACCAGCAUUGCACAGCUUUUUGCAGAAAAUGGCAAUUUAGGCAUCAAUGUAACUAUUUCCAUGUGUUGAAAUGGCAUCAAACAUUUUCUGGCCAGUGUUUAAAACCAUUGCAUUCAAUUUCACAGAGAAUAAGGCACCCAUCUGCCUGUCAACCUGAAACUUUUGGUAGGUGGAAGCUAGACACAUGAAGGUAAAUAGAAGGAAAGGCUGUUAAAUACAGGAAACAGUUGCAUGUAGUAACACUAAUAUAUUUAAAAAUAAGUCAACAGUAAACCACUGAAAAAAUAUAUA